AUCGAGGAAGAGGACUCUUGGGAUGGCGAAAGGGAGCUGAUAAAACUCAGUGUGUUGCAGUGUAGUGAUGAGGAAGCAAGCAGUUCAUCUGCCCUUUCGAGCACUGGACCGAGCUCGGAUCGUUCAGUUAUCACCUCAACGGACACGUCAUCGGAGUAA